AUGCUUCGUCAAGUAAAACCUCGCAACGCCCGCUCAAAGCGAGCCCUCGAAAAGCGCGAGCCCAAGGCCGUCGAAAACCCCAAGCAAUGCCUCUUCCUCCGCGGCACGUCCUGCUCGCAAAUCGCCCAAGACGCCCUCACCGACCUCCACUCGCUCCGCCUCCCCCUCGCCAAGAAAUUCACCAAGAAGAACCCCAUCCACCCCUUUGAAGACGCCUCCUCGCUCGAAUUCUUCUCCGAGAAGAACGACGCCUCCCUCCUCGUCUUCGGGAGCAGCCAGAAGAAGCGGCCUCACGCGCUGACGUUUGUCCGCACGUUCGGCUACAAGGUCCUCGACAUGCUGGAGCUGCACCUCGACCCGGAGACCUUCCGGACCAUGGCGCAGUUCAAGAAUAAAAAGUUUGCCAUUGGCCUGCGACCCAUGCUCCUCUUUGCGGGCACCGCCUUCGAGAGCCCCGUCAGCAACGAGUACACUCUGGCGAAGAGCCUGCUCCUCGAUUUCUUCAGAGGCGACCCCUCGGACAAGAUUGAUGUAGAGGGCCUGCAGUACAUUGUCUCCGUCACGGCGGAGGAUGCCACGGGCGACGGGGACGCCAAGCCCGCCAUUCAUUUGCGCGCCUACAUGAUUCAGACGAAGCGCAGCGGACAGAAGCUGCCCCGCGUGGAGGUGGAGGAGAUUGGACCGAGGAUGGACUUUAGGGUUGGCCGUGUCAAGGAGGCGGAUGAGUCUAUGCUCAAGGAGGCCAUGAAGAAGGCGCGCGGCCUGGAGGAGCGAACCAAGAAGAAUGUCACGAUGAAUUCAAUGGGUGACAAGAUUGGUAGAGUGCAUUUGGGCAAACAAGACUUGAGCCAGCUGCAGUUGAGGAAGAUGAAGGGCUUGAAGAGGUCGAGAAACGAUGAGGAAGAGUUGGUUGAAGAUGUUGUUGCUGAUGACGAUGCCAAGAGGAUAAAGCAGUAG